GGGCCCCGCGGCCUGGGAGCCCAAGCGGGCCGAGCCGCUGCCGCGGCCGGAGCUGUCCCCUAGCCAGACUCGGCGAGACGCGAGCGGCGGGAGGGAGGCGGCGGCGCACCCGGCCCCGCCCGCCCGAGCGUCGGACGCGACCCCGCGCGGAGCCAUGGAGCCCGAGCCAGUGGAGGACUGUGUGCAGAGCACACUUGCUGCCCUGUACCCACCCUUCGAGGCGACAGCACCCACACUGUUGGGCCAGGUGUUCCAGGUGGUGGAGAGGACUUACCGGGAGGAUGCGCUGAGGUACACUCUGGACUUCCUGGUGCCCGCCAAGCACCUGCUAGCCAAGGUCCAGCAGGAAGCCUGUGCCCAGUACAGCGGUUUCCUCUUCUUCCACGAGGGCUGGCCCCUCUGCUUACAUGAGCAGGUGGUGGUGCAGCUAGCAGCCUUGCCCUGGCAGCUGCUGCGCCCAGGGGACUUCUAUCUGCAAGUGGUGCCCUCAGCAGCCCAAGCACCCCGCCUGGUACUUAAGUGCCUGGCCCCAGGGGGUGGGCGUGUACAGGAGCUGCCUGUGCCCAGUGAGGCCUGUACCUACCUGUUCACACCUGAGUGGCUACAAGGUAUCAAUAAGGACCGGCCUACAGGUCGCCUCAGUACCUGCCUACUCUCUGCGCCCUCUGGGAUUCAGCGGCUGCCCUGGGCUGAACUCAUCUGCCCCCGAUUUGUGCACAAAGAAGGCCUCAUGGUAGGACAUCGGCCAAACACGCUGCCCCCAGAACUUCCCUCCGGACCCCCAGGGCUCCCCAGCCCUCCACUCCCUGAGGAGGCCUUGGGCACCAGGAGUCCUGGCGAUGGGCACAAUGCCCCUGCUGAAGGACCUGAAGGCGAGUAUGUGGAGCUGUUGGAGGUGACACUGCCUGUCAGGGGGAGCCCCGUGGAUGCUGAGAGCUCCUCGGGCCUCUCCAGGACCCGGACGGUACCCACCCGCAAGGGUGCUGGAGGGAAGGGCCGGCACCGGAGACACCGAGCGUGGAUGCACCAGAAGGGUCUAGGGCCUCGGGACCAGGAUGGGUCACGUCCACCCGGUGAGGGGAGCAGCAGUGGAGCCUCCCCUGGGUCUCCCCCAGGAGCUGAGGCCCUCCCAGAGGCAGCAGUUCUGGAGGUAUCUGAUCCCCCAGCAGAGGCUGUGGGGGAAGCCUCUGAAUCUUGCCCCCUGAGGACAGGGGAGGUUGUGGGAGGAGCAGGCCAGGGGGCCGAAGGACCGCCUGGCACUCCUCGGAGAACAGGCAAAGGAAACAGGAGAAAGAAGCGAGCUGCAGGCAAAGGGGCUCUUAGCCGAGGAGGGGACAGUGUCCCGCUGAGCCCUGGAGACAAGGAAGAGACCAGCCAACAGGGAGUCCUCAUCAGUCUGCCCUCACCAAAUGAGCGUAAGCUUCCAGGAGGCAACCUGGUUAAGGAAGAACAUGAAGGCUCAGGGAAGCCAGAAUCGGAGCCAAAAGAGGAAGUCAAACAAGCAGAUGAAGAAGAGUCUCGGCCCCCAGAAGCCUGUGAGCCUAUAGAAGAGAAGGCCAGAGAGAGCGAGCAGGAGGGGCCAAGACUGGUGUGCAUGGCAGGAUCCACAGAUCCCGAAGGACUCCUCUCUGAUCCCCCAACACCACCCUUGGAGACUGUGCAGGAAGUGAGAAUGGAUAGCAUCUCAGAAGAAGCCCCUCCUGUUUCCAUCUCUGAUGACCCUGACAUACCUUGGGACUUGAUGGCAUCUGGAUUCCUCAUCCUGACUGGAGGGGUGGACCAGAGUGGGCGAGCUCUGCUGACCAUUACCCCACCGUGCUCUCCUGAGGAGCCCUCACCCUCCCAAGACAUGCUGAGCUCUGCUCUUCAUUACCUCCACUCACUGCUCAGGCCUGACCUACAGAUAUUGGGGCUGUCUGUCCUGCUAGACCUUCGCAAGGCACCUCCCCUGCCUCCAGCUCUCAUUCCUGUCCUGAGUCAACUUCAGGACUCGGGAGACCCUCCCCUUGUUCAGCGGCUGCUGCUUCUCAAUCAUGAUGACCCUCCCACUGAGUUCCAUGGAUUUCAGGGUGCUGAGCUGCUGUCAGAGAAUGAUCUGAAAAGAGUGGCCAAGCCGGAGGAGCUGCAGUGGGACUUGGGAGGUCACAGGGAGCCCUCUCCCAGCCACUGGGUCAACACACACCAGGAGGUGGCAAGGCUGUGCCACCUGUGCCAAGGUGUGCUGGGCUCUGUACGGCAAGCCAUUGCGGAGCUGGAGGGGGCAGCAGAGCCAGAAGGAGAGGAGGCGGUAGGAAUGCCUGAGCCCCUACAGAAGGUGCUGGCAGAUCCCCGGCUGACAGAGCUGCAGCGGGACGGGGGAGCCAUCCUGAUGAGGCUGCGUUCCACGCACAGCAGCAAGCUCGAGGGCCCAGGCCCAGCUAUGCUGUAUCAGGAGGUGGAUGAAGCCAUUCACCAGCUCGUGCGCCUCUCCAACCUACACGUGCAACAGCAGGAGCAGCGGCAACGACUGUGCCGACUCCAGCAGGUGCUGCAGUGGCUUUCAGGCCCAGGGGAGGAGCAGCUGGUGAGUUUUGCUGCGCCCGGGGACUCCCUGUCUGCCCUGCAGGAGACAGAGCUCCGAUUCCGAGCUUUUAGUGCUGAGGUUCAGGAGCGCCUGGGUCAGGCGCGGGAGGCCCUGGACCUGGAGGAGGACAGUGCCUCCCAGAAGGUUCUGGAUGUCUUUGAACAGCGGCUGGAGCAGGUGGAGAGUGGCCUCCACCGGGCCCUGCGGCUACAGCGCUUCUUCCAGCAGGCACAUGAAUGGGUGGAUGAAGGUUCCGCCAGACUGGCAGGCGCAGGGCCGGGUCGGGAGGCAGUGCUGGCAGCCCUGGCCCUGCGGCGGGCUCCAGAGCCCAGCGCUGGCACCUUCCAGGAGAUGCGGGCCCUGGCCCUGGACCUGGGCAGCCCAGCAGCCCUGCGAGAAUGGGGCCGCUGCCGGGCCCGCUGCCAAGAGCUGGAGAGGAGGAUUCAGCAACAGCUGGGAGAGGAGGCCAGUCCGCGGGGCCACCGGCGACGACGGGCAGACAGUGCCAGCAGCGGAGGGGCCCAGCGGGGCCCUCAUAGCCCUUCCCCCAGCCUCAGCUCGCUGUUGCUCCCCAGCAGCCCUGGGCCACGGGCAGCCCCAUCCCACUGCUCCCUGGCCCCCUGUGGGGAGGACUAUGAGGAGGAGGGCCCUGAACUGGCUCCAGAAGCAGAGGGCAGGCCACCUAGGACCGUGCUGAUCCGAGGCCUGGAGGUCACCAGUACUGAGGUGGUAGACAGGACGUGCUCACCCCGGGAACACGUGCUGUUGGGCCGGGCCGGGGGUCCAGAUGGGCCCUGGGGAGGAGGCACCCCCCGGAUGGAGCGCAAGAGAAGCAUCAGUGCCCAGCAGCGUCUGGUGUCUGAACUGAUUGCCUGUGAGCAGGAGUAUGUGGCCACUUUGAGUGAGCCAGUGCCACCCCCUGGGUCUGAGCUGACGCCUGAACUGCGGGGCACCUGGGCCACCGCCCUAAGUGUCCGGGAGAGGCUUCGAAGCUUCCAUCGGACACACUUUCUGCGGGAGCUUCAAGGUUGCACCACCCACCCCCUGCGCAUUGGGGCCUGCUUCCUUCGCCAUGGCGACCAGUUCAGCCUUUACGCCCAGUACGUGAAGCACCGACACAAACUGGAGAAUGGCCUGGCUGCACUCGGCCCCCUGACCAAGGGCUCCGCAGAGAGUGGCCCUCACCUGCCCCGGGCCCUGCAGCAGCCCCUGGAGCAGCUGGCUCGGUAUGGGCGGCUCCUGGAGGAGCUCUUACGGGAAGCUGGGCCUGAACUGAGUUCUGAGCGCCAGGCUCUUGGGGCUGCCGUGCAGCUGCUCCGGGAACAAGAAACCCGUGGCAGAGAUCUGUUGGCCGUGGAGGCAGUGCGUGGCUGUGAGACAGAUCUGAAGGAACAGGGACAGCUUCUGCACCGGGACCCCUUCACUGUCAUCUGUGGCAGAAAGAAGUGCCUUCGCCAUGUCUUCCUCUUUGAGCAUCUCCUCCUGUUCAGCAAACUCAAGGGCUCUGAGGGGGGGUCGGAGACUUUUGUUUACAAGCAGGCCUUUAAGACUGCUGACAUGGGGUUAACAGAAAACAUCGGGGACAGCGGGCUCUGCUUUGAGCUGUGGUUUCGGCGGCGCCGUGCACGAGAGGCAUACACUCUACAGGCAGCCUCACCAGAGAUCAAACUCAAGUGGACAAGUUCUAUUGCCCAGCUGUUGUGGACACAGGCAGCCCACAACAAGGAGCUCCGAGUGCAGCAGAUGGUCUCCAUGGGCAUCGGGAAUAAACCCUUUCUGGACAUCAAAGCCCUUGGAGAACGGACGCUGAGUGCCCUGCUCACGGGAAGAGCCGCCCGAACACGGGCCUCCGUGGCCGUGUCAUCCUUUGAGCAUGCCGGCCCCUCCCUUCCCGGCCUCUCACCGGGAGCCUGCUCCCUGCCUGCCCGCGUCGAGGAGGAGGCCUGGGAUCUGGACGUCAAGCAAAUUUCCCUGGCUCUCCUUGGGUUUCUAUGGAAACUGCCUCAGCUUCCUGUUGUACCCUCCUGGUUCACCACGGCAAUCCUUAUAGUUUCCUGUCGCUUCUUCCCUGGUUGCUCUAAUGAUGCUGCUGACAUUUCCUGCCUCUUGGUAGGGGGGUUCUCUUGCAAGUGGAUUGCUAUGGUGACUCACAGCUUCCUGUUGCUAUGGAGCUUUUUCUUCCCUGAUGGAUUGGAGCAGCUUGGUUGCUUAAGUUUCUCUCCCCUAAGAGUCAUGUUCGAGCCUUGAGUGACCCCACCACACCUCUGUGACCUGGAGAAAAUCCAGAACUUGGCUACAGCCCCUCCUCUCAGCACAUUUUUGGCUGGGAUGGCAGUGGGACAUAGUGAAGGCCUGGAAGAACAUUGACUUCCUUCCCUCUGCUUCCUGGACAGAGGUCAAAGGACCAGCGUGUUCCCCUGCUAACGCUAUCUCUAUAGCUCUCCCCAGCUGGGCGCCUUCCUUCAGGAACCAGAGUGGCCAUACUUGCUUGCUUUCAUACCCUGGAGGCGGGGAAAUUACUCCUGGUCCAGUCCUUCCCCAUCUUGGGCCACAGCAUAACUCCCAGGGCACCACCCCAUAUCAGGCCUCCCCAGAGAGCUGGUGUUUCCCCCUUCUUCCCACCCUGACUCUCCCUGAGAAGACUCAUCUCUCCCAGCUCAACCAUUAUUCCUGGUGACUCCAUUCUGAGGUGUCAUGGGAAGUGGAACUAUGCAAACCAUUAUAUGAGGAUGGAGUGGGAAACUGCAGACUUUCUAUAUGUAAUUACUGUUAUUAUAAUACUAUUGUUAUAUUAAACGUAUUUACUCACACCUUGUGUCCAAAGAGCUAGAGCAGUCCUCCAGGCUGAGGUGACAUUACUAACACUAACUUGGGUACUUCCCCUCAACCAUUAACUAGAACACGGAAAAUACAACCAAGGCUACAAGAUACCCUGUACCCCUUCCUGGCCCAAAGCUGGGUGUGGGCCAGGCCUGGGAGAAUGUGCCUCCUCCACAGUGGCUCCCAGAGGCUCAAUGCACCCUUUAAAGCUCCUUUUCUCACAAUGCACCCAUUUCUUGAGACUGAGCUAGUCACAGUCAAGCUAGGAUUCAGCACAGUUCAGCAGAUUUCAAAAUGAGGUCCUCACAUCACAGUGCAUGAGAAUCCCCUAGGCAAUUUGCUAAAUGCUAAUUCCU